CGAAGAACGAGUCAACUUCCAAAGGGACUCACUCAUCCAUCGGCCCUCACCAGCUCCCGUAGCCAACAUGAUGUCCCUCUUUACUCUCGCCCUCUGGGCCCUCGCCCUCCUCGCACCCGUCCUCGGCGCCGAGGUGGUUCCCCGCGCGACCUUCACCGAGGUGACGAACUACGGGUCCAACCCGACGGGCACACGCAUGUGGCUGUACGUGCCGCGCAACCUCGCGGCGAAGCCGGCCGUCGUCGUGGGCAUCCACUGGUGCAGCGGCAGCGCGCAGGCCUACUACCAGGGCAGCAUGUGGGCGACCAACGCGGAGAAGUACGGGUACAUCGUCAUCUACCCGCAGACGCCCUACACGCGCGACAACUGCUGGGACGUGGCGAGCAAGAUGACGCUGACGCACGGCGGCGGCGGCGCGAGCAACUCCAUCGCCAACAUGGUAAGCUUCGUCGUCGCGCAGUACGGCGCCGACACGAGCCGCGUGUUUGCGACGGGCAUCUCGUCUGGGGCCAUGAUGACGAACGUUCUCGCCGCGACAUACCCCGACGUCUUCGCCGCCGGCAUCGCCUACGCGGGCGUCCCCGCCGGCUGCUUCAUGUCGGUGGACGACAUCCCCGACUUCUGGAACUCGACGUGCUCGACGGGCCAGUCCAUCUGGACGCAGCAGCAGUGGGCCAACGUCGUCAAGGACAUGUACCCGGGCUACGCGGGGCCGCGGCCCAAGAUGCAGAUCUACCACGGGUCGGCGGACGAGGCGCUCAACGUGCAGAACUACUACGAGACCAUCAAGCAGUGGACGGGCGUGUUCGGCUACUCGACGACGCCCGUAUCGGAGACGGCCAACUACCCGCGCAGCCCGUACACCAAGUACGUGUUUGGGGACAAGCUGCAGACCUUCCUGGGCGCCGGCGUGUCGCACUCGAUCGACGUGUUUUGGGAAGAGGACCUCAAGUGGUUCGGCUUCGUGACACCGGUGAGCUCCUCGUCGGUUCCGACGCCGACGGCGACGACACCUCCCGUGACCACGAGCCGCGCAUCGACGACGCUGGUCGUCAGCACGACGACGACGGCCAGGACGACGACGACGACGACCUCGGCGGCCGGGGGAUCGGGGACGUCGCCGCAGUGGGGGCAGUGCGGCGGCAUCGACUGGAAGGGCCCGACGACGUGCGCGAGUCCGUUCAAGUGUGUCAAGAUCAACGACUGGUACUCGCAGUGUCAGUAGAUGACGACGACGACGACGACGAAGUGGACGACGAAGUGGACGGAUGUGUUGAGGCCAUGUUGAUGCAAAGUCUCAGGGUUGAGGGUAGAACGCGAGGAAUGUGAUGGGAGAAAGCGCGCAGUCUGUUUUCAGUCGAGGCAUCUUCACUCAUUUGGACUACUUCCAGAACCCGUAAUGAAAACACGAAGCGAAUAU